GUGAUGUUCUAUUUCCACAAGUAGGAGCUGUGGGCCGUGGUUUUCCAGCGGCUGGCGGCGACGCUGGAGCCUCAGGGAGGCGUGCGCGGCCCCGGCGUGGUCACAGUGGAUAUCGUGUUUGCGGGCCUGGCCUGUCGCGACAUGUUCAUUGCGUCGCGGGCGGGGCUGGAGGCGCUGGCGGAGGAGGUGGCGGCCAAGCGGCACUUGGACAUGCAGAUGGAGCCGGCGCGGUCGCUCAUGGCGGGGGGAGCGGGUUCGGGCGUGGACUGGGACCGGUGGGACAAGCUGCUGCGGACACCCAUGUCCUGCAAGGUGCCGGAGCUCAAGUCCGCGUGCAAGGAGAUGGGGGAAAUGGUCAGCGGCACCAAGCCCGAGCUGGUGGUCCGGCUGCUGGCCCACUUCGGCCUACCUGACGGCCGCCGCUGCCCCGUGCCGCUGCGGCUGUGGCUGGCGCUGCGGCAAGAACGCAACAGCUACGCCCGGCCCAGCCCAAGAAAUAACACUCAGAUUGCUCUGGCGCUGAAGGACCUGUCGGAGGCGGGUGACCACACGGCAGCCGGCGCCCUGGGCUGCAGCGCUCUACUCACAUUCAGGCGCCUGCUCGCCCGGGCGUACGGCGACACGGCGGGGCUGAUGGCGGCGCACCGGGCGUGUCUGCCGCGUCUGGCGGAGAUUCGGGCAGAGCGGGCGCGGCGGGCGGAGGAGGAGCGGCGCGCGUUUGAGGAGCAGAGGCGGCGGCGGGCCGAGGAGCAGCGGCAGAUCCUGCAGGAGCGGUGGCAGCAAGCGUACCGGCGGCAGCAGGAGCUGCACGAGCUGAGGGCGGCGGCAGGCCAAGGCCAGGUAGGGCGAGCAGGGGCCGAGCUGUCGCAGCAGGUGCAGUGAUGGCGUCCUGUUCGAGGGAUAAGGACAGACGGGGGCGCCGAGCAGUACGGCAUGUCGGAUUGUUUGGUGUUGCUUUCAUCAGCUUUUCGUGCGCGCGUCGCGAUCCCGGGCGCAGCAUGCAUGUCGCCGGCUGUCGCUGUGGUGAUACCCCAGAGGCUCAGGUAGACCGUAGCCAUCGAUGCGGUCCCUAUCUCUGAUCACUGCAGGGAGCGCGUGCGCCGCACUCAUCCGAGGGGGUAAAGGCUCCGCACCACGCCGCGGGACGCCUGGUGGGCGGCCGCCGCAGUGCACCUGCGGCUCCACAGCUUCACCCUACUGCACACUGCUGCUGUGCGGUCAGUGCUGCAGACGGGCGACCAAAAAGGAGCCCUGCCCGCGGCAUGGCUGAAGGCAUCAGGAUGUAUGGCGCUAUCCGGCGCGCUGACAGAGGGAAGUACAGUGCAGACGGUGUAACAGUUUGCGGCAGGGGUUUGCAUUGAGGUGUUGUGACGAGGUUGAGAUGUUGAGUUGGGCACCGGGCCGCUGGGCCAGGAUGUGAGUUACAGCGGGCCGAGACGUGAGUUGCACAGGGCCAAGUGAGUGCUUUGGUGGCGUUGGGACAGGGAUUAUGCAAAGCUAAGGAUUGGGCUUGCAAUAGUGUAGGACGUGCGCUUCAGGCCCACCCCAUACGAAUUGCGCCGGCAGUCUACCUGUUGCGUUCAGUUGAGUCAACUUGAGUGCGUGGGAGGCCUGAUUCGGGCCCCACAGACGUGCAAACGGCCCAAACGGGGGCCCUACGAAAAUCU